UACCAAACAGGGUGCAGGGAGGAGUGAAGAAAGGCAGGGGUGAAGUUAGGGAGGGUAGGGAGAUAAAACUCAAGUGUUUGGACGCUGUGUUUACAAAGUGUGGGAGAGACUGAAGAGAGGGCUGACUGUACCAUUAGAAGCUAAGGUAUCAACGCAACAUCAGCUACGACACUAUAUAUCAGUGCAGAGGAAGUAACAUUGUAAUUUAUCAGGUUUCUAUGGACCCUUUAUGCACAUCUCACCAAGAGGAGGAGAAGACUGUGAUCAUGAAAGAAGAGAAGGAAACGGAAGACGAGAAGAAAGAUGACGAGAACGAUGAUGAUGAGGAGGAAGAUGAAGAUGAGAAAGAUGAUAGCGAGACAACAGUGAUAGACGGUGAGGAGGAAUUAGAUGACAAAUCCAAGGAGACUGAACCCCAGCAGCAGAAGGAGCAGGCCUGGGCCCCCACUACUUACUCCAAGUUUGGUAAAGAGGUGUUUUGCUACGUAGGAGAGGAGAUCAGCAUCUUUGAGGCCUUGGACUCUUACGGUGCUGUCAUCUGGCCAGCGGCGUUGGCUUUGUGUCACUACCUAGAGACCAACGUUGAGCAGUUGAACCUGGUGGACAAGGCAGUGCUGGAGCUAGGAGCAGGUCCUGGCCUAGUGUCUAUUGUAGCCACACUCCUAGGUGCCUGGGUCACAGCUACAGACCUACCAGAGAUCAUAGGUAACCUGAGAGCCAACCUGCUCCGUAACACAAGAGGGCGUUGGAGGAACACUCCCCAAGCUGCAGCUCUGUCCUGGGGUCCUGACGUGGAACGCAUCUACCCCAGAUCUGUCUAUCGCUAUGACUACGUGCUGGCGGCUGACGUGGUGUAUCACCAUGACUAUCUGGAAGAGCUGCUGUUCACCAUGAGAUACUUCUGCCGUCCAGGAACCACUCUGAUCUGGGCCAACAAGGUCCGCUUUCCCACAGACCUGGUAUUCACUGAGGACUUCAAGAACACCUUCAACACCACCCUGCUGGCUGAGAUGGGAGAGGUUAAGAUCUUCAUGGCCACAUGCAGAGAGACAGAGGAUCACCUUCAACACCACCCUGCUGGCUGAGAUGGGAGAGGUUAAGAUCUUCAUGGCCACAUGCAGAGAGACAGAGGAUCACCUUCAACACCACCCUGCUGGCUGAGAUGGGAGAGGUUAAGAUCUUCAUGGCCACAUGCAGAGAGACAGAGGAUCACCUUCAACACCACCCUGCUGGCUGAGAUGGGAGAGGUUUAUACCCAUGUGUAAAAGGUAGGGAUUAGGGAAGACAGAGGAAUAGUUAACAUCCUGCAGACUAUGCCAAAUGUAACCAAGAAGUCCUGUCCCUUCUUCCUCUGAGAAAUGCUUGAAGACAGAAGGCGGCCAUCUUGGCUAAUGAUAAUGGACGUUGAUGGACUACUGAUGUUGUCAGUUGUUGAUGUUUGAUGUUCUACUUUAUACUUACCUGCUAUAUGUAGUACUUUAUUGUUUACGUAGUUGUUACAUGUAGUUUGUAUUGAUAAUAUUAUAAAUGUAUGUACUUUGCUGUGUUGUUCCAUUCUGUAUUAAAAUAUAAUUUGUUAUGGAUAUAUAAA